CGGCGGCGUCGUGAGUGGCGGGUUCGGGGUGGUCGAUGACCAAGGACGAAGCUUCCGCCGGUGGACGAGCGCAAGGGAAGAAGAGGAAGAACCGCAACAAAAAUGCGAUCUACGUGCCUCCGGGACGACAGGGGAAGGUGUCGGUUGAAGACAAGGCGGAAUCUGGAAGCGCAGGUCCAGCAGGUAAGAAAGUGAAGCGAGUCGAAAGUGUCCCUUGUCCAGCUGCUCCGUUGAAGCCAGCGCUAACGACGCGUGGAUCGGUCGUCACCAGAGCAGCGGCUUCAGUGACCCCGUUACCGUCUGCGGUCGUCCCCACUCCUCAACUGGAUGUAGCAACGUCGUCGGCAGGAAAGAAGAAAACCAAGAAAAAGAAGCGAAAAAAGGCGGGAACGAGUGGUGACGAGUCACCGGCACUCCAGUCCACGCCAGGAAACUCCAAAUUGACGGAAUCGCCCAUGAAAGUCGCGCGUCGACUGAAUGCCGCCGCCGUCGGAACAACGACCCUUCAACGCAGCUCAACGUCGCAAGCUACCCACAAGACGACGAAACCACCUCCACCUAGUGAUGAAGCUUUGCUUCCGCCUCAAGCCGUCGCUAGGAAAAUCGCAGUGCUUUCUACUCUCCCCACAGCCAACGAGGGUUCCCCGAAUCAAGAGACCACUGCACCGCUCAAACCUGUGUUCGAAUCGCCACCAAAUGGUCCAAUUGAAAGCACUCGAUCAACUCCUGGAGUAAACCCAUCGCUGCGUUCAGGUGUGUCGAAGUCGUCCCUUGCAAAAAAACGUAAGAAAGCAAACCGGUUGGCGGCAAGAGCGGUGCAACAAGGCCAAGCAGAUUUACCUGGCAUGACGGCGACUUCCCACGAAACAUCGCCUGUUCCAGCAACCGCUACCAGCUCACGCGAGCCCCCGCGACCCACUGUCACAAUACCUGCGCUUGCAUCCGGUCGUUCUUGCGCAAUACCCGUCCAAGCAAGUGCUAGUCACUCAAGUGACUCAGAACUAUCGACGAAACGUGCCAUGUCGUCGUUUGCGUCGCCAAUAGAUAUCAUGUCGACAUCGCAGCCACUGCAUCGUUUGGAGAAAGCACAAGAGGGCACUGCCCCCGCACAGUCUUCCAAGAUCUCAAGUCCAGUGGAUUCGACCUCGCCGGAUGAUGCAAUCGCCCAGACUGAAGGUGGAGCAUGCAAGGCAACUACUUCCCCGUCCGCUCCUCUUGCAGCAUCUCUACCCAAGGCAGCAGUAUGGAACGAACAUAUCUCUGGGAGUGCCGUGGCGUCCGUUGUUUUUACCGUCGUGAACUCGGCAACGACGACUCCCGCAUUGCCCAACUCCGUGCCUGAACCGACAUGUGGAGUCCCUACUGCUGCAGCACCGAUUUUGGAAGCAACCGCCAUACAAGCGACGAUGGAGUCCCCCGUGGCACUUCGGGCGGACAAGGUCAUGCUAUCGCCCAACUCGGAAGCAGCACCGCCAAUGUCAGCCCCCGCACGUGCACAAGUGUUAGCUUCGCACACAACAGAGUCUCCACCAGGGCUUCCAACACUGACAGACGAGUCGAUCGUGGCAAGCAACACAAUUCCAUCGCUCCAUUCGACUCCAACAGCCAAGAGCCCACCUGCAGUCAAAUCAACACGGACUGAAGAGCCGCCACCAGCUCCUGCGCGAAGACCGAUGCCGCGUACGCACGCACGAAACCAACCACACUCAGGGGCGAAUACGACUCCGUCACGUCCAGCAGAAGCGCAUGCGGCAAGGCAAUUGCCGUUGGCAUCUCCCCGGCAACGACCAACCGAAGAACGUAUGAGAGAACUCGAGGUCCAGUUGUCGGCAGUUGUCACACCCCACGAAGAAAGUCCGCCCGUCACCCCGUUGAACGAGUCAAUUCGUUUAAACGAGCUCGCUUCACACUCGAUCCUGGUGGCUCCUUUGCUUCGAACACGUCGAACCGCGACGACCCCAUCGGCUUCCCCUCGCUCUGACCCCCGUUCGGUCGAAGCCCCAUCCAUUGCUUCUUCGCCACGUGCCCAGCGAACCCCACGUUCUACCACUGAUCCGACCCAGCAAGACCAUUCAUCGUGUCCCCCAGUCGGCGCAACGCCCUCGUCGAUCGCUUUAUCCCGUACAACUCCGACAUUCUCGUCACAGGAUACGACUGCAACCCCUUUUCGCAUCGGCGGUCCGAAAGCAGCGUCUGCUGCAGCGUCUCUGUUCUCGGAACCUCCACGCAUGCUUCCGAACCACGUUCCGUCCAUUACCCCCACCACGUCCGCAUGGACGGUGACGUCGUUUGGCACGACCCCGUCCAUGGCAGCAAAUGCAUCCACCCACGUGGCAUGUCCUCCCUUGAGCACUUGGUUUCUCUCGUCGGGACAAGCCAACUUUAUUCGACAAUCGUACGACCAUGCCAAGGCGAAAGCCGCGAGGGCCUCGACUGCUCGCGCUCCCGACCUGUCGGCGGACGAGAAAGCGUUUUACGCCAAGUUGGCAUCGUCGCAUUGGCGCAGUUGGUACACGGCGGCAUCGGUCGCCCCGGACUCUGUGCUUGAUCCACCGAUUCCCCAUGUUCCGACCAAAGUCCAAGCAAAAGUGGAUUCAGUUAACGCGACGUUGCCGUCAUCGCACGGUGUGGAUCCAGGCGGUAGAUCUUCUUCCUCUACACCGACGUCGUUUGAUCAAAUGAUGCAAGCUGUCGCCCACGAAAAGGCAGCGUCGAGUUCGUUUGAGCACCAAAUGAUCCAAGUUUUGCAAGGAAAGACCUUGACCGGCCAGUCGUUUGAAGAAGCGUAUCGAGACGUGCUGUCCUAGUGCUAGACAUGGGUAAUGAAAAAGAUCGUGAGCCAUCGACGACCUUAUUUGAACCCCAC